AUGGGCAUCCUACCAACUGGACAUUUAUAUCGAUUCAAUACGACAGAGCGUACAAUUGAAAUCGAAACAUGUUAUUUAAGCCUAGGAUGUGUUAGUUACGGCCCUGAGUGGUAUCAUAAACUAUAUCGUCCGGUAAACGAACUCCCGCUAGCUAGGCACACGGUCAACACCCAGUUCUUGCUAUAUAGUCAACUAGAGGGCUCACAUGAGGGCCCUAAGGAGAAGCAGCCCUUGCUGAUCGAAGUGGUGUCGGCAGUCCCUUCUACUGUUAACAUUUCUGCCUAUGUCACCGGAAUCCAUAGACUUGUAGCAUUGGAAAUUAUACAUUUUGUGGAAAUGCUACACAAUCACUAUGGACUUGAAUUUCCACAUCUGCAUAUAAUAGGCCACGGAGUUGGUGCUCAUAUAGCUGGUUAUGUUGGCGAAGCUAUUAAGGAAAAUGGAUAUAAAACUAUAGGAAAAAUCACUGGUCUUGAUCCCAGCGGACCUUAUUUCGAAAGAAUGCCCAAAAAAGUAAGAUUAGAUAUAGGAGACGCUACUUAUGUAGAAGUUAUUCAUACAGAUGCGGAACCCAAUGGCCAAGGUAUUAUGGAAGCCAUCGGCCAUGUCGAUUUUUACCCAAACAACGGUUAUUCCCAACCUGGAUGCAACGUGUCUAAAAAAUAUCCACAUAUCUUGAAACUGACGAGGGAUUCUCUAAAAGAAGGACAGAUAUAUCCGGGAUGUUCUCACAAACGAUUAUUUAAAUAUUAUAUUGAAUCUAUAGCAAAUUCAAAUUGUAAUCAUAUAGGAUUUCACUGUAAUAAACUACACCAUGUUUUUAAGAGGACGGGCUCAUCGGGAACAUAUUGUUUGGAUUUGUAUAAAUUUAAAAUUAGUUUUGUUUCUGAAGCCAGAAACCCUACUCAAAUUAUGGGAUAUUUUGAUGUUAAUUUGAUGACUGGUGACCUUGUAACCAAUAUGAUUCUAAAUGAAUUCAGAUUUUAUACAAAGAUUGAUUCAUGCCUAGAGAAUUACACAUACGUUGGAUGGUCUCAACCACCUUCGUCUAUAGAUUACAUAAAUUCUGCUAGAUUUAAAUGGAACUAUGAAGGAAACUCAUUAAGUAUUACCAAAAAUAGCCAAGUUCAUAUUAAAAGAGUAACUAUUUCACGCAUUACAACUGAUAAAUCAACACUAAAUAGAUUAUGUCCGGAGGAAAUAGAUGCCUAUCAACUGAGACCGGGACAAAUAGAGCUAUUUCAUUUGUGCGAUGGCGAAAGGAAUCAAACUAUUCCAACAACCACUUAUGUUAUUGACACUUAA